AUGUCUUUUAAUGGUAUAGGACUCAAAAGUGCUAAGGGUUCGUCAACUUCUGGCCAUGUUCAGCGAUCACUUGCUUCCAACGACGAUCGCAAGCAGGAUAAGAUCCACUCCAGUAGAGUCAAAAAAUCCCAAGAACGCUUAAAAGAUGCCAAAAUUCGUCAUCAUAAGAGAGACGAUGCUAUUGUGAAGCAUGUCAGCAGGCGAGAAAUUGAAUUACGGGUUUCGGAAUAUCGAGAUAAACUGGAAGAAGACGAAACGAUAGACGACGCUAUCAUUGACGCCAAAUGUGAGCAAUACAGACAAAAGGUUCUGAAAGACUGGGAGAAAGAGCAGGAAGAUGAAAAGCUGCGAAAUGCCUAUGUUUCAAGAAAAAAAAGAGCGUCAAGAGAAACCCAUGGUGAAAAAGAUGGCUAA